GGACAUCGUUGAAAAAUAAAACCGUUUAUUCUUGAAACUACCAUAAUACCAUCGACUAUUCCACUCGGCAGUAAAGGCUGAUAGGAUCGCAGUCAGCGCGAGGAAAGUUCGCGGCUCUGAUGUUUGCAUGGUUGGUGUCGUGAUUAUUUGGUUCGGGAAUUACGGUUUUUUUKAUUGUUCAUUUUCUAUUUAGGGUCACGCUGUUUGUUUGUCUCCAGUACCCAAUAUCAGUCAUUUGGAAGGACCCAAGGUUGGAACAUAAGGAAAGGAGAAGGAAAAACAAUACGUGCUGAAUUUGCGACAUUGUUUAAGUAUUCAAACAAUCUACACAUCAUGGAUUCUUUAGUGUCUCCGAAGGUUCUACUCCUGGGUAUUUCGUACCCUGAUGUCAAGGGUCAYAUGGCCGAGCAUAAAUUCGAUGACUGCAUUCUGGAGAACUCGGACCUCUCUGUCGACCAAGCCAUCGAAUGCGUUCGUCGGAAGAUCCUUACCGAAAUGGACGGUAGGGAUCUUGCACGCUGCGUAGCUACCGAGCAGGCGGGGGGUGGCCACGAGGUUUACACUGUGUCAAAAGAAAUGGGAGGAAUAUAUCGUUCUGACCGACACGUCUAUGCUAGUUUCAACAACUCGAGGGGUAUGAGGAAGGCCAUGCUUCAAGCAUUUGGCCACAUACAGUUUCAGCAAGUAAUUCUGGAUUACUAYUGGAUGCCGACGGUGAGUUCGUAAAUGCAGUAGUACUUUUUUGUGUGAUUUCCUAAAUGGAUKUUUGCCAUAUGGAUUAUAUAGAUUGUGUCGAAAGGCUGUUAGUGAAGUUGUCAUUCUUGARACCGAUCCAAUAGAUCAUUUCCUCACGUCGCAGUUAAUGUUGACCUUACCGUUCCCUCGGAUCCUGCUAUGCCAAAAAUGACAAUAGGGCUGGUUGGUGACGAGGUGGGCCAAAUCACUUUUUCAGGAGACGCUCCCGGAUCUGGUUAGAUACAAUAUGCUUGCCUACCCGGGAAGCCGGCCACGAUCACCUCGAAAGACACGAGUGAAGAAAGGACAGAGAACUGCAGAUAAUGACAACAUUCAAAACAAUAGAACAGAUAUGCAAUUGGAAGAAGGCGUCAUCUUUCUGCCAUUUUGUGCACACGUCUGCAAGGAACUCGUGGGCGGCAUCGAUAUUCUUGAAAAGUACUUUGCCAUUACAUUUGUGAAGAAAAGCGAGUUACCGGGGCAUGCUCUUUGGAAAGGGACCAUGAAUAUCGAUGAGAAUGAUAUGCAACAUCGUCUCGGCAAGCGGUUGGACCAAGAAGAAAUUUAUUGUACAUUCCAACCAAAAGAUAUAUAUGAAUCGAUGGAGGAUGCUCAUGUUUCGAAAGACGAGGUGAUGAGAAUGCUAUUGAGCAUCGAGGACUUUGAAAACAUAAGGAUGAUUCGUUUGCGUCCGCUUCGGCAGCACGAACCGCCCUCGGUAUUUCGGAAGACAGUUGUGAAACCGGAAAUAGGUGGAUUUGUUGGUCUAAAUUGGAAAAAGGGCCGCCAACUUUUCAAAGAGUUUCGUGGACGGGGAAAGAAUAAGCCACUACCUGAGCCACCCAAGCCACCCAUACCACCGAAACGAAAAGUUCUAAAAUCAACCAAGAAAAAGAAACUUAUUGCCRCAUCAUGCGAUUCGGGGUCUGAAGUGGAAACAGAAAAAUCAGAUUCCGAAAGUUCUAGUUGGGAAAUUGACACAGAGAGUGAUUUUAGCAGCGAUGAAAAUAGUGUUGAAAGAGACGAGAAACCUUUCGAUCCACUCAUUCCAGAUAAAAUUCCACUUGUCACUAAUUUUUACCCGUAUCCCGCUCUUGACCUUGAAUCCUACAUGGGUGCUAAGGAAAUAAUGGUUAACGAUCGAGUAAUGACCUCCUGGGCGAAAACAUGGGGCCCGAAGUCUUCCCGUAAGAAAAACCGGAAACAGGAUAUUGACAAAGUGGGAUAUCAGCGAUUCCGACAAAAACAGAGGGACUAUCUUUGCAGGAACUGUAGACUGCCAGACCCCAAUGCCGAGCAGGAAGAUGGCUACAAAUGGACGCUUGUUGAUGAAAUGGAAAUGGUGGACGAGGAAUCUGAGGACGAGCAGGAAAAACGAAACAUCCGCUCUGUCCGUCAUAAUGUUCGAGGCUGGAARAAGACUCUGAAGGGCGAUGAUCCUGAGCGKGAUCAUGUACCUAAAAUAAUUGAGCUAGCGAAGAGGGAUAACGAAAUGAUAGCGUGCCGRCAGUUGUUUGAGAUGAAGAACCCUGGAUUGAAGUCGUUUUCUCGCACUUGGUUGAACACGCCUUUCUUAAGUAAGUCGAAUGAUAAUAUGCACACAAGCCCUUUUCAACGUUGGUUACAAUUUUCUUGUGCUUUCUAUUUUUUCUGACCCUUCGCUAUUGGGGACUUUUUCCMUUCAUAAUUCAGGUUGUUAUCAAAUCCCCCAACAUUCUGUCCUUAUGAAGAUGAACCUUGCAGAGAAGAAGAAACAAAAAUCGGAAUACAACUAUACAUCUGAA